GUAUAAGUGCUUACAUGUAAGGAAUCCCCUGCCACUCUCGUUGUAUAAGUACCACAAGCUCACGCCUUUAUUGGCGAUACGUUCUAUAAAUCAAUCAAGAAAUUAUCGUCAUCAGAUUAUUCUCACAUAGCUGCAAAUGGGUUUGAAGGAGGAAUUUGAGGAGUAUGCUGAGAAAGCUAAGACCCUUCCGGAAAACACAACAAAUGAGAACAAACUUAUUUUGUAUGGGCUUUUUAAACAAGCCACUGUUGGACCUGUGAACACCAGCCGUCCUGGAAUGUUCAACAUGAGGGACAGAGCAAAGUGGGAUGCAUGGAAGGCUGUUGAAGGCAAAUCUAAGGAAGAAGCAAUGAGUGACUAUAUCACGAAGGUUAAACUGUUGCUGGAAGAAGCUGCAGCAGCGGCUUCCGCUUAGUGUGUUGGCCAUGCAUAUGUAACUGUUGUGUUCAUUAUAGUUAAAAAUCAGUUCAAUAAUGUAUCUGGAUUUGUAAUGUGAUGUUAACUUGUGCCCAAUAACUUUCAGAAUUAGUUUAUGUACUUUGUACUGCAAUGGAUUGGAAUUAAUAUGUUGGGAUAGUGUCUUCUCUUGCGUGUGCUUGAAAUUGCCUACUCCUAAGAGGUUGAAGAAGAA